ACGGUACAAUUGUAAAUGCUUCUCUACUGUACUCUACAUUUUUGAAUUGGGACUGACCCAGCCAGGGGCGACGUUUAAGUGGAAGUUACUAGAUAUAAAGAGUUGUUGACAUUCAUUUAUUUUUGUCAUUGUAAGUGUUUUGGUUAAAGAAAAGAAAUAUAAAUUCUACAUAAAUGUCGUUCUCCUUGUAGCCCUGAGGUUUGUGUAAACGAUAAAAACAGCGCGAAUGAAAUGUUAGCCUAGCUUUCAGUUAACCAGCUACAGUAGGAAGACAAGCUAACAAGCUAGCUAAAGCUAUUAGAGGGGAACAUGGACUCGAGUGGCAUACCUUCCACAGGCCAGAUUUUGCUCCUGGCCUCCAGUUCAGCUCUCAGUGCUCUCCUUUACUCGGUGUACAGGAAGAAGGCCAGCAUUGCUGCUAGAUUAAGCGAAGCCAAGAAAAUAUCAUUAGAUCAAGAUCUGCAGAGUAUCCUUGCUGAAGCUCCAGGCAAAUGUAUACCAUACGCUGUUAUAGAAGGGGUUGUUCGCUCUGUUAAAGACACCUUGAACAGUCAGUUUGUGGACAGCUGCCAAGGUGUGAUCGCCAGACUGACACUAAAGGAGAAGAAGAUGGUGUGGAAUCGGACCACUCAUAUCUGGUACGACUAUGAAAAGGUCAUCCACCAGCGCACCAACACCGUACCGUUUGACCUCGCGUCACAUGACGACACCAUCACAGCCACUGUGCGUGUGAUCCGCCCCCUUGACGCCGAGCUGGUCCUGGAGAAGACGUACGAGAACUUCCACCAAGCCACAAGCUCCUUCACCAGCAUUGUGGGCCAUUUCCUGAGUGGCGAGCGGCCGCAGGGUGUGACCGAGGUGGAGGAAAUGCUGCGGCUGGGCGCGAGCAUCACUGGCGUGGGCGAGCUGGUGAUGGAUGGCGGCGUGGUGCGCCUGCAGCCACCCAAACAAGGAUUGCGCUACUUCCUGAGCAGCCUGGACUAUGACGCGCUGCUGGAGAGCCACAAGAGCAGCGUGCGGUUCUGGAGAGUUCUGACGGCGCUCAUGGGUUUGGCAGCCUUCGCCACGGUGGCGUACGUGCUGUGGAAGCGCUACACAUGGCACAGGGAGAAGAAGAAGGAGCGCGAGAUGAUUGAGGAGUUUGAAGAGCAGAGGAGGACGAGGACGGCCGGGGAAGACGAGGCCGUGCAGGUCGGAGCUUGUGUCAUGUGCCUGAGCCAGCAGCGCUCAUGUGUUUUUCUCCAGUGUGGCCACGUGUGCGCGUGCUGGCAGUGUUACCGCAUGAUACCUGUGCCAAAGAAGUGCCCCGUGUGCAGGGCUACUAUAGACCGCGUGGUGCCUCUGUACAACAGCUAAUCAGCUCUCCGGCAGAAAACCCUGAGUAGUAAAUCGUGUAAUUUUGUUUGAAAAUAGUACAAAUUUCCAACAUGGAGGUAGGUGCUAUAGUGAAUCUGGGUGAAAAUCCAAAUCCUUUAUUUGAAAGCCUUCUGUUUAAGCAGAACACCAAAUGUGUGUAUGUGUGUGUGUGUGUAUGUGUAUAUAUAUAUAUAUAUAUAUAUAUAUAUAUAUAUAUAUAUAUAUAUAUAUAUAUAUAUAUAUAUAUAUAUAUAUAUAUAUAUAUAUAUAUAUAUAAUAUAAGAGCUGAUGAUUAAAAAGAUAAAUAUAUUGCGAUAAAUUGUAGAGCAAAAUACCUCAAUAAAGGUUGUGGUGAAAAUCAGGAAAUAUUUGUUGAUGAAUUUAGCUUUAUUUCACAUAAAUUGUUGUGAUGUUAUAUUGUUUGAUGGACUUAUUAGUAGCAGAUGGGUCUAACUGGUUUCAGAGCAGUGUUAGAACAAUCGUUCCUGCUCCCAGGGCUGCUCUAAUUGGCUGCUGGCAGCUAGAGAGAGAGAGAGAGAAGAUGAAAAUUGAACACUAUGACCUUUUCAGGUCGAUUAUCAACUCUGUUACCAAAAGGAAACUUUCAGAUGGAAUACAAGCUAUGUAUUAUACUACAACACUUCCAUUAUAAAGAGGAGAAAAGCCCGUGGAGGUUUUUUGCUUGAGCACUGAAAGUGAUUUAUACCUGUGUGAAGAUAUUGUGAUCUCAUGGGUGUUGGGUGAAAUUUUAAGAUUUGUAUUUGGGAAUGUAGAUGCAUUCAUAGGUGAAAGGUUUGACACAACAGGCAUUAUACACAAUAUACAUGUUAGAUAUAUUUUUUGUUGUUUUUCAAGGGCUUUAAAACGAUGAUGCUUGAAUUCAUUUCUUUCAAAAAAAAAAUUCUAUUCAUAAAAGGCUUCAAUAAAGUUUUCUUGUAAUUAUCAUAAAUAAAAUCUCAGCUGAAUUCUUUAGGAAAUAAAAUGUCAUUUCAGAUCAA